AUGGCCUCAUCAUCGGAUUCAUCAUGCUAUACGGUGGUAUUUGAGUCCAGUGCUGAGUACCCUUCAGCCUCAGAGCUUCGUUCAGCUCUUGAGAAGGGAUCUGACGAGGUCAAAAUCGACACGUUGCGCAAGAUUAUUAUAUCGACUAUCAAUGGAAACCCUCAGCCCACAUUAAUGAUGCCAGUCAUUCAAUUCGUUAUGCCUUCGCGGAAUAAGCAGCUCAAGAAGCUCCUACAUUUCUAUUGGGAGGUAUGCCCUAAAUAUGACGAGAACGGGAAGUUGAAGCAGGAGAUGAUUCUUGUUGUGAAUGCCAUCCGAAACGACCUGCAACAUCCUAAUGAGUAUAUCCGAGGUGCAACCCUCCGCUUCCUCCAGAAGAUCGCCAAAGACCAAGAACUUCUGGAGCCUUUGAUACCCACCUGUCGCGCAUGCCUUGAGCACCGUCAUUCAUACGUCCGCAAGAACGCAGUUUUUGCCCUGUAUUCAAUUUACCGCGAAUUCGAGCACCUCAUUCCCGACGCGGCGGAACUCAUGUAUACUUUCCUCAUUGCAGAGAGCGACUCUUCAUGCAAACGCAAUGCAUUCGUUUUCCUCGCCCACUGUGCCAUGCCAAAAGCUGUCGAAUACAUUUUGAGCAUAUACGACUCCAUCGGAACUUUGGAUGAAGCUUUGCAGAUGAGCAUCAUUGAGGUCAUCAGGUUGGACUGCAAAAAUGACUCAACUCACCGCUCACGAUAUAUCCGCUGUAUCUUUGAAUUGCUUAACGCCUCAUCUCAUGCCGUCAAAUACGAAGCAGCUACUACCCUUACUACCCUUACUCAAAAUCCCGCAGCAGUUAAAGCUGCUGCAGCCUCUUUCAUCUCACUCGUCAUUAAGGAGUCAGACAAUAACGUCAAACUCAUUGUCUUGGAUCGACUCGAUAACUUGCGUUCGAAACAUGGACAGGUUAUUGAUGGGCUGAUUAUGGAUGUUCUACAAGUGUUGUCAAGCGCUGACAUGGAGGUCCGACGGAAAGCCAUUAGCAUCGUAUUAAGCAUGACCUCGAGUCGGAACGUGGAAGAAGUUGUCCUGUUCCUCAAGAAACAACUUCAGAAGACUCAAGAGGCAGAUUUCGAAAAGGCCCCAGAAUACCGCCAACUUCUUAUCCAAUCUAUUCACGUUACUGCGAUUAAAUUCUCUGAAGUCGCUGCUAGUGUUGUCCAUGCUCUCAUGGAAUUCUUGGGUGAUUCGAAUAACCCUUCUGCCCUCGACGUUGUUGCCUUCGUACGGGAAGUCGUCGAGAAAUUCCCCCACCUCCGAUCAACCAUUUGCGAAAAACUUAUCUCAACGCUCUCAGAAAUCAAGUCAGGCAAAGUCUUCCGCGGCGUGCUCUGGAUCUUGGGUGAAUACGUCGAAUCCGUGGCUGAUAUUCACAGUACGAUGCGUGAAGUCCGUAAAGUCAUUGGCGAGAUCCCCAUUCUCGCUUCGGAACAACGCUUGUUGGAUGAGGCUGGUGGAGACGGAGAGGAAGAAUCAGAGAAGCCAAAGACGGAAGGUAGCAGCAGGCCAAAGGUUCUGGCUGAUGGAACGUAUGCCACCGAGACUGCGUACACCAGCACAAGCGCUGCCAGGCUCGAAGCAGUUAAGGCAGCUGCGAAACCGCCUUUGAGGACGUUGAUUCUUGGCGGAGAUUUCUUCACCGGUGCCGUGCUGGCAUCUGCUCUGACGAAAUUGGUGCUUCGUUUCGACAAGGCCUCUCAAGACCAGGUCGCUUCUAACAUGCUGAGGGCGGAGUCAAUGUUAAUCAUGACUUCCAUCAUCCGAGUUGGCCAAUCCAAAUUUGUGACCGUACAAAUCGACGAAGACUCCAACGAGCGCAUCAUGACUUGCAUUCAGACCCUCAGUGAUUUGGAGUCGCAGCCUGCUGUUCAGGAGAUGUAUUUGGAGGAUACGAAGACUGCUUUCACCAAGAUGCUGGGUGCACAAGAGAAACGUGCUGCUGAGAAGAAAGAUGCCGAGACUGCGAAGGCGGUUACUGUUCAAGUAGACGAUUUGCUAUCCUUCCGUCAGUUCUCGAAGAGGACUGCUGAUGAGGCCAUUGAUUAUGACGAAGAUGUUGGUCGUGCUACUGGAUCUGCGGAAGUUCAGGAAGACUUUAUGUCGAACCUCAGCCGCAUUUCACAGUUGACAGGCUUCUCCGAUCCCAUAUAUGCAGAAGCAUAUGUCAAGAUGCAUGGUUUCGAUAUCUUACUUGAUGUCCUUUUGGUCAACCAGACAGGAAACACCCUGCAAAAUCUGUGCUUGGACUUUGCGACUUUGGGUGAUCUCAAGAUAGUAGAGCGCCCUGCUGUCUACACCAUUGCCCCGCAUGGCUUCCAAAGCAUCAAAGCAACAAUCAAGGUUUCUUCGACCGAGACUGGCGUCAUCUUUGGAAGUAUACUUUGGGAGGGUCCUAACAUGUCGGAAGCUUGUGUCAUCCUCAACGAUAUCCACAUCGAUAUCAUGGACUACAUCAAACCAGCGUACUGUAACGAGGCUCAGUUCCGUAGCAUGUGGACAGAAUUUGAAUGGGAAAACCGGGUUAAUGUCAACAACCCCAUGUCUGAUCCUCGUGAAUACUUGAAGCACGUUAUGAAAGCUACCAAUAUGUCGUGCCUGACACCCGAGGGUGCCACCUCAGGAGAGUGCGACUUCUUGUCGGCGAACAUGUACGCCCGCAGUCUGUUCGGUGAGGAUGCCCUGGCCAAUCUCAGUGUAGAGCGCACAGAAAAUGGUACAAUCACGGGUCACGUGCGCAUUCGUAGCAAAACACAGGGCAUCGCUCUCUCGCUGGGUGAUAGGAUAACGAUGGGUAAGUUUGCGUGUAUGCUUCCUCCUAUGAACUUAAGAGUAGCUGAUGAUGCUGUCCUGUUAGCUCAAAAAGAUAGCAAGCCCCUGUCUGUGUAA